AUGGCGCAAGACGGCGAACUACCAAAGUCAGUUGACAAGGGCAAAGGCAAGGCGGUUUCAGAUCCCAAGAAGCCAGAGGAGGUAGAGAAGGAUAAAGAUGGAAAGCCUAUUGUUAAUGGCACUAAGGAAAAGCCAGUUGUGGGAGCGGAGGAGCUCAGUGAUGAAGAUCAACAACUGAAGGGCGAACUUGAUAUGCUGGUGGAACGAUUGACUGAAUCCGACAAGUCUCUCUACAAAAGUGCUCUCGAGGCCAUCAAAGAUUCCAUCAAGACCUCCACAUCGUCUAUGACCGCUGUGCCAAAACCUCUCAAGUUCCUCAGGCCGCAUUACGAACCUAUGAUCAAGCUGUACGAGCAAUGGCCGGAAGGGGAUGAUAAAACAUCUCUCGCAGAUGUGCUUUCAGUUAUUGGUAUGACAUUUUCAGACGAAGAAAGGCAAGAUACCCUUAAAUAUCGAUUGCUCGCACCUACGUCAGAUAUUGCCUCAUGGGGUCACGAAUAUACACGGCAUCUUGCUUUGGAAUUGGGGGAGAUGUACAGCAAGAGAUUAGCGGAAGACCAACCAACUCAAGAUCUUAUUGAUUUAGCCUUGACUCUCGUACCGCUGUUCUUGAAGAGUAACGCCGAGGCCGAUGCUGUCGACUUAAUGAGCGAGCUUGAAAUUAUCGAUAAAAUUCCAGAUUUCCUGGAUAAGGAUACCUAUACACGAGCAUGCCUUUAUAUGGUUACCAUGGUCAAUCUCUUGACUUAUCCAGAGGACCAGGCAUUCCUCAGAACUGCACACGACAUCUACAAGCAAUAUGACCAACUUACCCAAGCACUUGUCCUUGCCAUCAGAUUAAACGAUCUCACUCUCGUCAGAUCCGAUUUCGAUUCUACCACAGACCCGGCAUUGAAGAAGCAGAUGGCUUUCCUUAUUGCUCGCCAAAGAAUCGUUCUUGACGACCUACCAUCCGAAACGAGUGAGGAUCAGGAAAUUCUGGAGUGUAUGUAUAACACAAAGAUGCCGGAACAUUUCAAGGCUUUGGCCAAGGAACUGAAUAUUCUGGAUCCAAAGACGACCGAGGACAUCUACAAGAGCCAUCUAGAGAGUAACAGGGUGUCGGGAUUAACGAACCUCGACUCUGCUGGGCACAAUUUGGCAGCAGGAUUUGUCAAUGCUUUCGUCAAUGCUGGAUUCGGUGACGAUAAAAUGAUGAUGGUUGAGGAUGAGAAGGCAAGCUGGGUCUGGAAGACAAAAGAAGAGGGUAUGAUGUCCACAGUUGCGUCCAUGGGUACAUUACUUCUCUGGGACGUCGAGACAGGUUUGGACAAGAUCGACAAAUACACAUAUGCCCCAGAACCUCAAAUCCAGGCUGGUACUUUAUUGGCAAUUGGCAUGAUGAACUCCGGAGUACGAAUUGAUUCGGAACCUGCUCUCGCCCUUCUCGGUGAAGAGGAGAAGCUCAACCACAAGAAUCCUCUUGUUAGAGUCGGUGCUAUUAUGGGUCUGGGUCUUGCUUAUGCUGGAUCAAAUAGAGAACAACUCUUGGAGCUUCUCUUACCCAUUGUUACUGAUACCUCCGUGGAAAUGCAGAUUUCUGCCAUGGCAGCCCUUUCUUUAGGUAUGAUCUUUGUCGGGUCUGCUAACAGUGAUAUCACCGAAGCUAUCUUCCAAACUUUCCUUGACGAUGAUCGUAAAUCACAGCUUAAGGACAAGUGGACUCGAUUUAUGGCUCUUGGUCUUGGUCUAUUGUUCUUUGGGCAACAAGAGAAUGUGGAUGUUAUUCUCGAGACCCUGAAGGCUGUUGAUCACCCUAUGUCCAAGCCAACCUCUGUGUUAGCAGAGAUUUGCGCCUGGGCUGGAACCGGAACAGUUUUGAAGCUCCAAGAACUUCUCCAUAUCUGUAAUGACCAUAUCGAAGAAAGCGAUGACAAGAAGGGUGAUGAAUUACUUCAAGCUUACGCUGUAAUCGGUCUUGGGUUGGUCGCUAUGGGAGAAGAUGUUGGUCAGGAGAUGGUCUUGCGUCAAUUCGCUCAUUUGAUGCAUUACGGUGAACCCAAUAUCCGAAAAGCCGUUCCCCUCGCCAUGGGUCUGCUCAGUCCUAGUAACCCACAGAUGAAGGUAUAUGAUACAUUAUCUCGUUACAGCCACGAUAAUGACAAUGAUGUUGCGAUCAAUGCUAUCUUUGCUAUGGGUCUCUUGGGUGCUGGAACCAAUAAUGCUAGAAUUGCUCAAUUACUCCGACAGUUGGCCAGCUACUACCACCGCGAUGCUGACUCCUUGUUCAUGGUCCGAAUCGCCCAAGGUUUGCUACACAUGGGCAAGGGAACACUAUCUAUCAAUCCCUUCCACACCGACCGCCAAGUACUCUCUAGAGUGGCCGCCGGUGGUCUCCUUUCCGUCUUAGUCGCCAUGAUCGAUGCCAAACAAUUCGUCACCACUAAAUCACAUUACCUCCUAUACUACCUCGUCACAGCCAUGCACCCCAGAUUCCUCGUCACUCUUGAUGAGGAUCUCAAGCCCUUAACAGUCAACGUUCGAGUUGGACAAGCUGUCGAUGUUGUAGGACAGGCUGGUCGUCCUAAAUCUAUCACUGGUUGGCAGACACAGAGUACCCCCGUGCUUUUAGCGUAUGGCGAGAGAGCGGAACUGGAGGAUGAACAGUAUAUCAGUUUGAGCAGUAACCUGGAGGGUUUGGUCAUUUUGAGAAAGAACCCAGAGUGGGAAGAUGGAAAGAGUUAG